CAGAGAGCAGAGGUCAUUUGGAAAGAAACCCAGCCAUUCUUUUCUUGUCCAGCAUUUGUUGGCCAUCAGCGAAGUCAAGCUGCUUGUGUCUGGAGCGUGAGGAGAGAUCUUCUCUUUUGUUUCGUCUUUAUACAAUAUUUUUUCAUCUGCUGUCAUCUCUGGGAUCAUGACCUCUAAUUCCAAUUUAUCCAACAUGCGGCGGCUGGUGGAACAACUUAAACUUGAGGCCAGCGUGGAAAGAAUUAAGGUGUCCCAGGCAGCUGCAGAGCUGCAGCAGUACUGUCUGCAAAACGCAGGCAAAGACGCCCUGCUGGUCGGCGUCCCUACAGGGAGCAACCCCUUCAGAGAGCCGCGCUCCUGCGCCGUGGUGUGAAGAGUACGAAGAAGUGGACGCACCUGUGACAUCUCCUACAGGGAAAAAAAAGAUCUCAGCGUUUUGCCUUUUUGUCCAGAUAGGUUUUGUACAAAUUCUAAGCUUUUUUUUUUUAAUGAAAGAAAAUAGACUGUAAUAAAAUAUUUCUUUGGUA